AUGGGAUCAGUCGAGGUUUCCAGAGAGCACCUGCUCGUGAUAUUUUAUCAAGUCUUCUCACCGGAAGUUGAGGGGGUGAUUCGAGAAAAGUUCGCCGAUUCGGAGGUCACCCUCUACCAGUCUAAACCAGGAGAACCAGUGCCUCGUGAGCUGUAUCGCAAUGCGACCAUUCUAGUGACAUUCACGGAUCUACCGGAACUUGAAGAUUCGCAUAAUCUGAAGCUUAUUCAUACAUUUUCUGCUGGCCUUGAUCACCUCAUGAGCCAUCCUAUUCUAAAAGAAGGCAGGAUUCCCAUUGCGACCAGCUCCGGGAUUCACGGUCCACCGAUAGCGGAAUGGACCAUCAUGAAUUGGAUUCUCGCAGGACGAAAGCAUUUCCAAGUGUAUGAGGCUCAAAAGGCUCAUCGCUGGGAUGAUAAAACGAAAUAUAUGCAAGGCAACCAUGACCAGGCCGGCAAGAAGGUCGGAAUCUUGGGUUAUGGCAGCAUUGGGCGACAGAUUGGUCGUGUUUCCCAAGCACUGGGGAUGUCUGUCUACGCAUACACUGCUUCGCCCCGCAAGACCCCCGAAUCUAAAAAGGAUACCGGCUACAUCGUUCCAGGAACAGGAGAUGCAGACGGCUCCAUCCCCGUUUCAUGGCACCAUGGUACAGACAAGGAAUCGAUCCGGUCAUUCCUUUCCUUGGGGCUGGAUCAUCUAGUCAUUUCACUCCCUUUGACACCUCAGACCACCAAGUUCCUUGGAGCCGAAGAAUUCGCUCUACUUUCCGAUAACAGCACUAGCCGAUUUGCUAAGCCUUACAUUACGAACAUCUCCCGAGGAAAGGUACUUGAUCAAGAUGCUUUGAUUGACGCAUUGAAUGCUGGUCAGCUCAGUGGAGCGGCACUGGAUGUUACGGACCCCGAACCGCUUCCAGAAGACCACCCCCUCUGGGAUACUCCAAAUGUGCAAAUCAGUCCCCAUCUGAGUGGUCUUGGCAGAGAAUAUCUUCCCCGAUCGCUUGACAUCUUGAAGCUGAACCUGGAUAGACUGGCUAAGGGGGAGCCAUUGAUCAAUGUUUACGGGGGCCGAGGCUACUAG